AUGUCGAACAACAGUACAGACGACUAUGACUAUGACGAAAUGCCAUAUCUUUGUGAUGACAUGGACUUUUCAACUGUGAAUGCUGCCUUCUUUAUUGUGAUCUUCAUCAUCAGCGUCACAGGCAACAGUCUGCUUUUAGUUGUUCUUGUUUGCUACGAGAACCUGAAAAAUGCUACAAAUCUGUUUGUCCUGAACCUUGCAUGCUCAGAUUUGGUCUUCACUGUCACCCUUCCAUUCUGGGCUGUCGGGCACCUGCACCACUGGGUGUUUGGUGAUCUUGCCUGCAAACUUCUGACUGCAGCUUACUUUGUUGGUUUGUACAGCAGUGUCAUUUUACUGACUGCCAUUACUGUGGAUCGUUUCAUAACAGUGGUGUUGAACAAAUGGCCGCGCAAACCUGUAAGGGAGAGGUGUGCAGUGGGUGUCUGUGCAGCUGCUUGGAUCAUCAGCUUUGCUGCAUCCCUGAGUGAUGCCAUCAAUGUGAAGGAAUUCGCAAAUGGUGAAGAAUUAUCUUGUGAAUCUGAUGAUCUUGAGCUUAACCUGAACUAUUAUCUCCAAGUGUCAUUGCUUUUUCUCCUCCCACUUGCCAUCAUUAUUUUUUGUUAUUCUGCCAUUCUUAUAACAGUUUUGCAGUUUUCAAACAGAAAAAGGCGCAGGACUGUAGUGGUGGUGUUAUGCAUUGUUGCGGCCUUCUUCGUCUGCUGGGGACCUCACCAUGUGUUACUUUUUGUUGAAACUUUGUAUGAACCCGAAGGCUGUGAUGCAGAGAAAAGCUGGGAUAUUGCCUAUCAUACUUGUCGUAUACUUGCAUAUUCACACUGCUGUAUGAACCCUCUACUCUAUAUGCUCUCACAAAACUUGCGAAGACAUCUGUUGAAAUUUUUACACUGUGAUAAUGGCAUGAGUAGGAGCAUGGAGAGAGUUACUAGCCAUUCAGGUAUUAGACCACGAACCUCUGAAGUUAUGGUGGACUUACAAUCCAAAUAG